AUGAGGAUCCCUUUCUUCCCCAAGCGCUAUGUGAUCGUGAUCUUGACCUUCAUCUGCACCUGCGUGUGCUACAUAGAGCGGGUCGGCUUCUCCAUAGCUUACACCGCCGCUGCUGAUGCUGCGGGAGUAAAUCAGUCGAGCAAAGGAAUAAUACUCUCCACGUUCUACUAUGGGUACGCGUGCUCCCAAGUGCCAGGUGGCUGGGCGGCCCAGAAAAUCGGGGGCAGGCGAGUGCUUCUUCUCUCGUUCGUCCUCUGGUCCUUCACCUGUGCCUUCGUGCCCCUCGACCCGAACCGAGUCACGCUCCUGGUCGUGGCUCGCCUGCUAGUGGGCGUGGCCCAGGGCUUCAUCUUCCCCUCGAUCCACACCGUGCUGGCCCAGUGGGUCCCACCGCACGAACGUUCGAGAUCGGUCUCCCUCACGACCUCUGGCAUGUACUUUGGGGCAGCCGCUGGCAUGCUCGUGCUCCCGACCCUCGUCAGGCUGCGUGGGCCACAGUCGGUGUUCGUGGCCGAGGCUGCCCUGGGUGCUAUGUGGUCUCUGCUCUGGUUCAGGUAUGCGAGUGAGCCAUCCCGUUCGGACCACCGAAAAGCCACGGCAGCUGGCUUUAGCGAGUCCUUGCUACCAACGAGAGAGAAUAAUAAUAAUCAGAAAAGUAAGGCAGAAAACGGGCUGCAUCAUCCGGUUAAGACGACGCCCAAGAUUCCUUGGAAGAGGAUUUUUCUCAGUUUGCCGAUUUGGGCUAUAGUGGUGAAUAAUUUCACUUUCCACUAUGGUCUUUACGUGCUCAUGAACUGGCUCCCGACCUACUUCGAGCUGGGCCUGCAGCACAGCCUUCAGGAAAUGGGGUCGUCCAAAAUGGUGCCGUAUCUCAACAUGUUUGUGUUUUCGAACAUAGGUGGUGUGGUUGCAGACCACCUGAUCACGAGGAGGAUUUUGUCCGUGACUAAAACGAGAAAGCUUUUGAAUACCGUGGGGUUUGUGGUGGCCUCUUUUGCAUUGAUGGGGCUUCCUCUGUUCAGGACGCCUAAUGGGGCUGUGUUUUGUUCGUCUGUGGCUCUCGGUUUCUUGGCGCUCGGGCGGGCUGGGUUUGCAGUGAAUCACAUGGAUGUUGCCCCAAGGUAUGCCGGUAUUGUUAUGGGGGUUUCUAAUACGGCGGGUACUUUGGCUGGGAUAGUGGGGGUUGAUCUUACAGGUCGGCUUCUAGAAGCGGCUAAGGAGGCCGAGCUGGAUCUCACGAGCCCAGAUAGCUGGAGGGCUGUUUUUUGUAUCCCGGGCUUGCUUUGUAUUUUUAGCUCGGUUGUGUUUCUUCUGCUAUCCACAGGGGAGAGGAUUUUUGAAUGA